GAGAGGCGCGUGGAGUCAGUCAGUGUCAGGGAGAUUGAGGGGUCACCGCUGAUCUCUCCGCGUGCACUUACACACUGAACUCUUGUGUUAUGCAUCCUGUAAAUCUAAAGGAGCCAGGGGAAAUACUUUUUUUGCGGUGUUUCCUGCCUGCUCACCGUGUGUCGUCUUUGUGUGAAGGAUCUUUCUUGUGUUUUGUGUUUUUGUGAAGAGUGAGGAUUUACCGGAGCGCUCCAGUGAUCAGCGGUGUGUGUUGAGUUUGGCGUCCGGGAUGGCCUCAUCACGCCAGGACUACAUUGCCCCAUGGUGGACCUACUGGCUGCACAAUUUCCCGCAUCUUAACUUUAAUUUCCAGUCGGUUGAUAACACUUUCAAACCGGAGGACGCAAGUUAUCAGCAGUCUCUGGUCUUCCUGGCCUGUGUUUCUGCGGUGGCUCUGGGUUUGUGUCUCCUGCUUCUGUCUGUUUAUCUGACCUGCCUGUGCUGCUGUCGAAGGGAAGAGGAUGAGGAAGUCAAGAGACCUGACACCUGCUGCGUCACAUGGGCAGCUGUGAUCACUGGUCUGGUCAUAUGUUCAGCGGUGGGCGUGGGUUUCUAUGGAAACAGCGAAACCAAUGACGGAGUCUACCAGUUGACUUACUCCAUUUACAAUGCCAAUCACACACUGGGUGGCAUCGGCAGUAUGGAAAAAAACUAA